AUGGCUCAAUCUCCUCCCGAUUCCUCUCAAGCAGAAUACUCUCACGAUGCCACUGUGGCUGCCAUCACAUCCUACUAUGAACUCCUCGCUCGCGUACACCCUGACAGUGUCUCUUCUCUCAAGUACCCUCCUCCAGGAGGAUGGCCUCAGAUCACACCCGAGUCCUUCUCCAUCUUGGGCCGGAAUGAUACCGUCAUUGAGUUGAUGCGGCACAUUCCGUAUUUCACAAGCGAUCGGAUAAGCUUCAUGAAAUCAACUACACCCCGUAACUUCGCAGACGCAUCUUUCUGUAGAAGGACCCAUGGAGAAAGCCGCGUGUAUAACGAGGAAGUGCGGCCUGUCCCUCAAGACAAGAUCGGUGCCAACCCUGGCUACUCUCCCGAGGAUGGAGGGGAGCCGAUCCCUUCCAGCAUGUUCACUUUGGCGGUGCUAGCCGAAGAGAAAGAAGAGGGCUAUGAUAUUCUUCUCGAUACGGAACACAAUAUCGUCAUUGUGGUCAGAGUAGGAGAGGAAUUUCCACACGGGUGGCCACCAGUCCUUCCCGACGCCGAUCAUAUCAACUGGGGCGGAGAUGACCAAGACGAGGUGGAGGGAGAGAAAGAAGGUGAAAGUGACGGAGAGGAUAGUGAAGACAGUGAGGAGGAUGUCGACCUAUAUCUACUCGGUCAUGAUUGGAGAUAUUCGCCGACCUAUCGCAUCGAUACAUUCUUCAAAAUGUGUCGAGAGCAAUGGAAGGUUAUGAACUGGAUGCCAAAAAUGGAAUGGGCUGGCCAAAUUGAGGAGGGAUACCGGUCCGCAGAAACAAAACUUGACGAGACAAACGGCGAUGGUCUCAGGCAAAAGAUCAUGCGGGAAGCAGGCUGGCCCGGUACAGGGGAGGAAGUUGGCUUGGGAUGGGACAAGGCGAAGGCAGAGAAACAGAUGAUUGAGCUCAUGUAG